AUGCCCACCCUCACUCAUCCCUCUCCACACUCUCGCCCCCUCCGCUCCUCGGCACUCCAGUCCCUGCCUCCCGCACCCAAUUUCCCGCGCGCGCAUGGCCAUCCAGAGGUCUCGCGUGUCGGCGGCCACUACCAGUUGCAGCUUGCGCCCGCACACGACGCUGUCGUCGCGCGCCUAGUUCCUGGUCUGCAGGCCCUCCGCGUAGGGUCUGCUGAUGGCACGGACGGCCUGGAGCACGGAGAACACCCCUCUCGCUCCUUCGACGGGCAAGAAACCCGCGCAAGGCUGGCGCAAGACGGUCCCGCGGCGAGUGGAAGCGGGAACGCGGCUCCGCGGCGUGCUCUCAGCUCGCGCAGGGAGGACGUCACCCCGGCCCGCGCUCUCGGCGUUUGGGAGGCAUCGACCUGGGAAUCGCCCACAGGCGAUGCCUCCUCUGCCCACCCAUCGCCAUCGUCGCGCCUAUCGCUCCCCCCAUGGCCGUCGACUCCGCCGUCGAACCUUUCAUCACCUCCACUCUCUUCUCCAUCGGCUCCUCCAGCGGAUACCCCCGGCAACGAUGGCGUACGCCGCGGUAGCCCCGCGAGCAGCACUCGGUCGUCUGGCCCCUCCUUCUCCUUCAGCCCGAGCAGCGAAGGAGCGUCCCUGUGCAUUACCCCUGCGACGUCCCCCGGGUCCAACGUGCAUGACGAGUUGCCCGCGCCUGCACCUCCCCGCCCGCGCGUCCGAUUCUAUCGGGCCUCAUCCACCACCCUCUCGACCUCGACUUCAACAACGGUGACACACACCUCGACGUCCACGACCACCCCCACCGCUCCAUACCACCCCAUCACCCCGUUCCUCGCCUCUCUCCCGCAUCCUCACAGGUGGGACCUACGCGAAGCCCUCCCGCACGACCUCCUCCGCGACCCGCGCUGCGAAGAUCAGGCAUUCGGAACCGGCUUCUCGCGGUGCAAGAUCGUCUUCAACGCAGGCUCGAACACCGAGUUCUUCGCGCAUUGCACACCGUCUGGACGCGGACCCCUCACCGUCGCGGAUGUCUUCAAAUGCAUCGCGAAGAAGCUCGCGGAGAGGUGCAAUUGGUUGUUUGAGGACGAACCGGUUGGGGCGCGCGCGGGGCAGAUCGGCCGUGCGUGUGGGGGCAACGCGACGUACGCGGACCUCCUGGACGGCGACCGGUGCUUCUUCUGGGGUCUGAAUGAGACCGGAACGUCGCAGGAGUUUGCGGUGGUGCUGGGAGACAGGCGCCGGCCCGUCUAG